CAUCCGGGUACUGCAGCGUCACUGUGUCACUCCGAGGAUCUGUGGGGAGAAGACGGGCACGGUGACGGUGGCGGCGUAGUCGGAGAGCACCUUGGUCCAACAACUGUAUUUUGACUGCAAAGGAAACAACCGCAGCCGCCUACAGUCAGGAGGGAUUAAAGGCCGACAGGGCGAAGGCAAUUGGUAGUGGGAAGUGAAGGCGGCACUUAACUAAAGGAGUGCCGAGGGCGGUGUCCGUUCUUGCUGUCACACUGGAAACGGACGUUAAGCCGAGCCCGUCCGAAAGGCCGGCCGUCCGUCCCCGCUCGGAGGGAGUGACCCCCAGUCGGAUUCAGGAGCAGUUCAGCGGAAGGUGCUGAUUUGUGGAGAAAUCAUGGGUACCCCAGGAUCAGGACGCAAGCGGGCGCCCAUCAAGGACCGCUUUUCUGCUGAGGAUGAGGCUCUGAGUAGCAUCGCCAGGGAGGCUGAGGCCAGACUGGCCGCAAAGCGAGCGGCACGUGCAGAAGCCCGGGACAUCCGCAUGCGAGAGCUGGAGCGGCAGCAGAAAGAGCAUUCUCACCAGUUAUCCUCCAGUAGAAAGUGGGGCCAGAUUCACCAGUGGAUGGCAGACUCGGAGAAGGCUAAGCAUUCUCACACAUCUGGGAGUCGGCAUCGCCGGGCGCUGGGCGAUGAUGCCAUGUCUGUUCAUAGCAUUGGGAGCUGCAGGUCGUCGUCAUCAUCCUCUCUGCGGAAUCCAGGCUCCUCCCACCAAAGCCGUGCGAAUACCUUGCGCAGACGGGACUUGGUGUCAGAUGGAAUUUCUAGCAGAUCAUCUUUGAGAAGUGCUCGCUCCUCAACCUCUGUGUACAGCGACACCCUAAACCUGAAGAGCCCUGUGUCCAGCAGCUCCAGGAAAGACCUCCUGGCUGGGCUCUACCAUGAUCAGAGGAACUACAGCACCCUAAAGAACUCUAAACCGCUGCCCUCCUAUCAGCCUCGGUCGUCAUCUUUGUAUGGAGAUUCCCUGCUGACCUCUUCCAGUCAUGGGGCUACACCCACAGCCCAACCCCCGCUCCCCACUACUAGCCUAACACGGAGCUACAGUCUGGCCUCUCUCUGUGACGAUGGUCUCUAUGGGUCCUUCAGCUCCAGGACUCCCUCUGAGUAUAGCUGGUACUCCUCAGCAGCCAGUUCAGCCCGCAGCAGCCCUGGGUCUUCUGACGACGACUCCUCCAGUACCGUGUCCCAGGAGCGGCUCGGUCGCAGCCGGGGGGACAGCGUGUGCUCUGACUUCUCUGACUCCAGUGACACUGCAGCAGAUUAUUUCAGCCGCUCCAACCGCAGGGGCAGCAUUGUGUCCGACCUGGAUGAGCUCAGCAUUCCUGACCUGGAUGGUCUGGAUGAGAAGAGUGAUAAGCAGUUCACAGAGACAUCCUACAGUCGGCCCUCCUCACGCUGCACUACUCCUGGUCUGUCUGCAUCCAGUCUGGCCUCCCUGGGGGGGUCCUCCUCCAGGAGGGGCAGUGGGGAGAUGAGCAGCCUGGUAGACCCCGACGCAUCUCUCAGCGAGCUCAGGGAUAUCUAUGAUCUUAAGGACCAGAUACAGGAUGUAGAGGGGCGGUACAUGCAGGGCCUCAAAGAGCUGAAGGACUCUCUGGUUGAGGUGGAGGAGAAGUACAAGAAGGCCAUGGUGUCUAAUGCGCAGCUGGACAACGACAAGGCUAACCUCAUCUACCAGGUGGAUACUCUCAAGGAUGUCAUCGAGGCCAUGGAGGAACAGAUGGCUGAACUGCACAGGGAGAAUGAGGAGAAGACAAAGGAGCUUGAAAGACAGAAGCACACAUGUACAGUCUUACUGCAUAAGCAGGAUGAACUCAAGGAGGGUAUCCGGCAGAGAGAUGAACUUAUUGAGGAGAAACAGCGAAUCCAGCAAAAGUUAGACUCCCUCACCAGGGAAGUGUUUGACCUGCAGGAAACCAUUAACUGGAAGGACAGAAAGAUUGGGGCACUGGAGAGACAGAAGGAGUACUUUGACUGCAUUAGGAGUGAGAGGGAUGAGCUCAAAGAUGAGCUGGCUGACCUCAAGGGGAAGUCGAAGCCAGCAGAGAAACACGGGUUGGUGGUCCUCCCAGAGAGCACCCCUAAUGGAGAUGUCAGCCAUGAGCCUGUGGGGGGGGGCAUCGCUGUGGUUACACAGGAGACGGCCCAAGUGCUCGAAUCUGCAGGAGAGGGCCCAUUAGAUGUUAGGCUACGUAAGCUAGCAGAUGAAAAAGAGGAGCUCCUGGCUCAGAUCAGGAAGCUAAAGAUGCAGCUGGACGAGGAAAGGCAAAAGAGCACAAAGAUGGAGAGCGUCUUCACAGACAGCGAGCGGCUGGAGAACGGGACUGACUUGCACUUCAUUGAGAUGCAAAGAGAUGCCAAUCGACAAAUAAGUGAAUACAAGUUCAAACUCUCAAAAGCAGAACAGGAAAUGGCAACGAUGGAACAAAAUAUCAACAGACUUGAAGGACAAGUGUCCAGAUACAAAGUAGCUGCAGACAACUCUGAGAAAAUUGAGGAUGAGCUCAAAGUCGAAAAGAGGAAGCUUCAAAGAGAGCUCCGGACAGCCUUGGACAAGAUAGAGGAAAUGGAGAUGACAAACAGCCAUCUAGUAAAACGGCUGGAGAAGAUGAAAGCCAACCGUACCGCAAUGCUGUCCCAACAGUAAGCCUGGAUUGGGCAGCCCUGCCCACUAAUUCCACCCCUGCACCAAUGGGAGCAGCCCAAGGCGUUCUUUGUAACAACAAUGCACUGCUCUGCCGAUCCUGCGUCUAUGAAUGAGAACCAUUGGCUUGCAAACUCCCACCCAGCCCCAGAGACAGGGGAGAAAGGAGAGGGGGUCACAAUGCGUUCAUUCAGAUUUUUGAGCUUUUUUUUUUUUUUUUUUCCUUUCCCUGAAAGCUUUACACAUCAUGUUACUCACCACGAUUUUGUGUUUCCAGCUGGGUGCUUAACUAGUUUUUUGAUAAGUUGCAUGAGUCUGGCCCCAAAUGGCCUGCAGCAGCCUCCAGCCACCAAGUGCCUUCUACACGGAGCCACGCGUUUCUACACUAAGGAUGAAACAAAGGAUUGUUAUUUCUGGUACAGAUUAAUGUAUUUCAGUAGGGUGCACUUAGGUUUUAAACAUAUGUAGAAUCAAAUAACAAUAUAUUGAGUUUCCAUUGGUGAGGAAUUGAGCAAUAUUUAAAAUUAUUUCUUAGAACAACUGUACAUGACGUGUAUAUAUGGGGUUGAUGUUCUUGCAUGGAUUUUGGCACAUUGGAUUUGUUUAAAGACAGGUUGUCAGUACUUGAGGUGCAAAGAACGACAAAAGAAAACAUGCUGUACUUUUUCAAACUAUCUUUGCUGCUUGGGAAACAAGUGGAUUUUCAGUCUCAGGACCACAGUGAUUGUGACUGGGGCAGCUACAACAUUAAAAGUACACUUUCUAAUGCAAA